ACUUCCGUUAGUAGCUCUUCGGACCUUUAAUUUUCGUUCUACCCAGCUGCUAGUCUCUACUAACACCCGGCGUCGGUUGUGCUCGAUUUAUUUAUUUUUUUGUUAUUUGGAGGUUUUUGUCCAUCUGUAGGUGCUGAAUACGCAAAUUUUGAUGGGGUUUCCCUUAGUUUGGUGCGUUAUCAGCGCAGAGCGGAAGUUCGCCUUUCGAGCUUUUUGGUUAGCUGACGUUAACGUUGCCAAACGUUAGAUUAGCUAACUUUGCUAACGCGUGCUAUUGUGAAGAAAGUAGGAUUAACUACUCUGUUUGCAAAUGUCCUACAGUAGACUGUUACUGAUACAGUCGUUUGUUACAGCUGUCUGGCUAAGUAAAGUUUGGAAACGCCUGAGAGCUAAACAGUCAUUCAGCACUCCUGCUUGAGUCUUCAAACAGCCAGCCUACAUCGCCGACCGAAAUCAUGGAUUUUGAUAACAUAUUGAACAUCGCCUCACAAAACCAGGGCCUCAGCAGUGUACAGAAGAGAUACAGUUUACAAGCUGGACCCCCGAAAAAGGACCCAAAGUCAAAGGGUGUAAAUCCUGCUGCUGUGCAGGCACUUCUGAAGAAGCAAGUCACUGAAAACAAAAAGAAAGAAUGGGAAAUGAAGAAACAGAAAGAGGAGCUAUUAGCCAAGAGGGUUGAGUUAAAGUCAGACCGUAAAGCGCGUGCCAUGGCCUCCCGAACUAAGGAUAACUUCAAAGGCUACAAUGGUGUCCCAGUGGUAGAGGUUCCCAAAAAGAGGAGAUCAAAACAUGAUAUGCAGGAAGAUGACUUGAAUGGGGGAAGUUUUAGGAAUAAUACAGUUGACCCAGAGGAUGAUGAUGAGGACAACUACGAGUAUGAACAGACAGAUUCAGAGCCAGAGUCCGAGCCCGAGCCACUGAGGCCUGGCAGAAUAGCGGGAAAUAGUAGCAGUAGUAGUGGCAAAACCUCUUCUAAAAAAAACAAUGGGCCGCCCAAGCCCCCUGCACCUUCCAUGAACUUUGCUGACUUGCUCAAAUUGGCAGAAAAGAAACAGUUUGAACCAGUUGAUCUAAAACCCAAAGUAGUGAAAAAGGAGGAAAGGCUGCGCACAGCAGAUGAGAUAAAGGAACUGGAGAUUGAGCGCAAGGCUAAGAAACAAGACAAAGACAAAAACUCAAAGGCAGACAGAGGAAGAGAUGGGAAGUCUCAGUCUGGUUAUAGUUCAAGUCAAAAAAACACUUUUGAGAGGGAACAGAAGAACAGCAGACCACAAAAGAUCUGCUUAGAAAAACAAAGUGUGCCCAGUGGGUCAAUAAAGAAGUCACAACCAACAGUAUUUAAUGAUACAGGCCUCUCUUUUUCCAAACUUUCUGGUAGUGAUAGAGAAAGAACCAAGCUGUCUUGCAGUGAUAAAGAAAAAUCCAAGACAAGCUUGUCUAAUUCAUCAGGUGUCAUAAACAGUAAAGUACCUUCAAAAGCCAUGUCAUCUCAGGUUUUAGCCAAACAAGGGGCCCCAAAGCCCUCGUCUAGCCACAAAUCCAGCACCUUAAGUGACCUUAGCUUCAGAAGAGAAAGCUCGUCAUUACUUCAAGGAAAAGUUUCAGGUAUUCCUGGGAACAGGCCCUCUGGUGCAGCUGGCACAGGCCAGAAGUCCAAACAGGUGAGUUCUCAACAGAUUAAGCCUAGUCAGGGUAGCUCCUCAAAGCAGGGACCCACAAAUGGAGACCCCAAGUUCGGAAGGGGAGAACCACCACGGUCUGGAAUGAAUUCUGCAGCAAAAUCAGGUGGAAAUUCAGUGAUGAGACCUUCUUUGAGUGGCCCCCCUAAGGCUGGGAGCCAGCCUCAGUCAAAAACUGGAGGAACAUCUGGUAGUGUGCCAAAGGCCAGGCCUGGUGGUAGUGGCCUUCAAGGUCAUCCUGGAAGUAUUGUAUCCCGACCUCAAGGAAGUGGACCAGGUCGGCCUGGCAGUGGAGGACUUGUACCAGGAAGACCAACUAGCAGUAGUGGAUUAGGACCUGGAAGACCAACUAGCAGUAGUGGAUUAUGUCUUCUCCCUACUAUGUUUAUAUUGAAAAGGGAAAAAUUUGAUAUGCCGCAUUUUGAAAGUAAUUUCUAUAUUCAUUAUCCAGGACCGAUGCUGCCACCUAUCACAUCUGCAUACAAGAGGAAAUAUGAGGAUGAGGAAGAUGAGUAUGACUCAGAAAUGGAUGAUUUUAUUGAUGAUGGAGGUGAGGUGCAGGAGGAAAUUUCUAAGCACAUAAAGGAAAUCUUUGGCUAUGAUCGAAGCAGAUACAGAGAUGAGAGUGACUAUGCACUAAAAUUCAUGGAGAGCAGCUGGAAAGAUUUGCAGAAAGAAGAAGCUAGGAGCCUGAGAAUGGCUGUGCAGGAGGAUCUGGAGGAGGAAAGAAGGGAGGAAGAAGAGCUGAAAAGAAAAAACGUCAAGAGGAAAAAAAUGAACUGAGGCCUCAUUGUUGUUGAGAGGAAUAAAAUAAGAUCAUUUUCUUCAUUUUGCUGAGAGAUGCAACAAAGGGAUAUACAAAACCCAGUGACUGUCCACUUUGGGUGCUUUGUCAUUGCUUCUCUCCCUGAGAUUAGAUAAAACCUAGCAGCAUCUCAAGAAAACUGGAGAGGAAGAAUUUUAGUAAAAGAAGGCUUAAAAAAGACAAUAUGCACAAAUUAUUCAGGCACUAGGGUUAAAGUUCUCACAUUGUCCUUUCUUAUUUAUUUUACCUGCUGAGUGCAGGGAUACCUACAGUCCCAUCUGUUUAAAAAACAAAAAAGAUUGGCAUCAACAACUACAGUAAUGGAAAAGUGUGAUUGAUUUCUUUCUUUCUUCUUUCUUUUUCCUCUUUUUUAAAAAACAAACAAACAAACAAACAAAACAAAACGCUAACAUGAAAUGUUAUAUAAAUGAUGACAUGCUAUUUUUGAGGCGAAGUUGUUGCAUAUUUUUCCAGACUUUUAUUGUAAACUCAGUAAAAUGUAGACGACAUUACCAUUUGA